AUGCACAUCCACGUUCUCAGCAUGACACUCGCCUUGAGCAUCUCGUUCCUCCAUAUCUUCGUGCUGCGCGGCAAGAUCCAACGCCGCGCGGGGCAGCUGUCGGCGCUGUCCGCGGCGAUCGGGGUGCCCAUGGGGCUGGUGGUGGGGUUGACGAACACCACCUCAGCGGCCUAUGGUGGUAUGUGGGCGGUCUAUGGCUGGAUGUGGAUGGCAGGAUCCAGCUUCUUCUUGUUGAGCAAAGGGGUUUUGGCCGUGCUGCAGGGCCAAAUCAAGUCGCACAAACGUUGGAUGACGCGUUUCUAUGUCUCCAUGUGGUGUGACUUCUUGAUCUUCCGUUUGAUGCUGGUCGUCGUCACUCCCUUCGUCCGCCAGUGCAUUAGUUGCGCCUUCUUGCCGAUGAUCUACUUAUCUCCAUUGAUCGGGCUGAUUGCGGGCGAACUGGUCCUACGAAACAAGGACCGACAGCCGCCGAGGGAGGGCUCCCAGGCGGCGGGCGAGGUCAGCUGCUUGACCAAGUCAAGCAGCAUGUGGGCCACGGCGCGUUUGAUCGCCACGGUGGGCUGCGAGAACGUUCACCUCCGCUGCGACGCCACGGACGUGGCCUACGUGGAGAAGAGCUAUUCCGAUGGAGGAGUGGACUUAGCCCCAGCCAAGGAAUGCUUGCAGAAGAAAUGCAACAGCUUGGCCCUUCAGCGCUUGGACGAUGCCACCACACCACGACUACGACUGGGCCGGCUGGCGCCGGACCUGGCAGUGCCUGCGCUGAUUUGUGGCCUGGUCGCUGUGGGAUUGGUCGCCUUCCGACGACGAGGCAGCGAAUCGCUGGAGGUGGAGUGA